AUGAACGCAAGGCGGGACAAUACAUGGGUCUUUGGGAAAGAGGCCCCAUCGGCCAAUGUCAAGUUGCCUGCCAGUGGUCAUGUCACCGCUGUGGAGAUUUGCACAUUUAUACCCAACUGUCUUCGAAGCAGGGAUGUGAUAAGGCGAGUUGCAAACAACGGACUGAGCCCACAGAUCAUCUCAAACAUGGUGAACUAUCAUCGAAUGUGGCCCAAGUGGCCACUUCUACCGAACAGCCUUCGCAUCACAACCCAUAACAUCAUGCGCGAAGCAUUCCAAGGAUGGACCUUUCGGACACAGCAAGCUGCUUUGGAUCCGACCUGGGACGCAGCUAGCACAACACUCGCCGGCUUCCGGACACGGUGUGAAGAUCGUGGCGAGGAUGAUCUGCUCAUUGAAAAUAUUCCUUUCCACCACCUUGCCACUUAUGUAUACAAAAUGCCACAAGAUGACGACGCUCGCGACUUAACUCGCUGCGUUGAGUACGCAAUCCAGAACCCCCAUGCAGGCUACCUCUGGCCGCAGGACUUCACUUCACUCACGCAACUCCUUGGAGGCCCACUGCCAAUUCAACCCGAACAUACAGAUGCGGCUGCUGCUACGCGGUGGAGGCAUGCACACGUUGACGGCACAAUGCAAGAUUUGAACGAUCUGGACGGCUCUGACCACAAGCAGUCCGAGAAUUUGUCGGAUUCGGAAGACAUUUGGGACUCGACCGAAGAGUGGGACGCAGAAGAUGAGAUCACCGGCGAGCAAGAUCAUGCGGAAAUGAACAACUACGCCUCCGAAGAUGGUACUGCUCACAAUGCAGGUCACUCGCAUUCUCAUGACGAGGUUGAGGGGAAGCAAAUGCCCAGCGACGACAACGCGCAAUUCACCUCAGAGUGGCCUUCUCAGCAGCGUGGGGGUUCUGUUCGCACUCGCCCAGACUGCUCAAGUAAAGAAGUUAUCAGUGCAAGUGGACUCUUCGAUCCUCGGAUGGAAGAGUUCACUGACCAGCCAAACAACUUCGAACACAAUCCAGAACCAGACGUAGUCACUUCAGCGUAUUAUCUCGACAUGGAAUUUGACGACCAUGGCAUAAUCUCGCAAGAACUGGAUGGUGAUUCCAACACUUCCGGAAGAGACUGCGAUACGUGGGUGGGAACAAGCGACGAUGAGUUCGAUUCUUUUGAUAGCCAAUUAGACUUAUCUCUCGACAUUCCUCAGUCGUAUAUACCGAUGUCACGCUUUCCAACAGAAGGUUGUUCCAGCUCUCCUCAUUCUCCAUUUGACUCCGACGAUUUAAGGUCCUCGGGGCAAGCGACGCCCCUCACCCAAUCUCCGCUGGAAAUCGGUCUCGACGAGAUCUUUGAAGAGGUUUUUAACUACGACCUCUACCAAAGCUCUAUCUUCGGCCAUAAUUAG